GGCCGGAGGUCAGUGUGACGCCAGACACGGCUGAGGGAGGACGUGGAGGUACGGUCAUACUGAUACGGGCAUCGCUUUCAGUCUUCGCUGGAAUUGAAAUGUAAGAAGAUACAUCAAUAUUUAUAAUAAGAAGAAAUAGAAAAGAAGAGAAAGAACUUGAUAAAAGCGACCACAAAGUCAUGCCGCAAGUCAUGUUUACAAGACAGAGAGAUUAAUCACAAAAAACGGGAAACCCAAACAAAAAAGACUCGAGUGCCUCUGGCAGAAAAAAGAAAAGAAAAGAAAACAGAAGAACAACAUGAUAAACGCGAGGCUUUUCCGCCGGAGAUAGAAACAAAAGCGAAGCGAGAGAAGCCCCAUGGCCGCCAGCUGAGCGCGUGGCCGACGGUUAAGAAAUCUUCAGGCUUUGGGAAUUGGAAUCUCGGAAUGAGGAGGAAUUCCACGCUCGUUUCGCCGUCGCCGUUGCAGGCGCUGUACCUGCCAGAGGAGGUCAACUUCUGGACGAUGGCGAUCGUGGCGGUGGGCACGGGGUUCAUCCUCACCGUCGCCGUCUCCAUCUAUCUCAUCUGCCAGACGCGGCUGGAGCGGCCCCUCCCGGUGCGGCACCACAGGACGGUGCGGCACAUCAGCCAGGGCCCCGACGCUGUUCCCCUGGCGCGCCCCUUCGCUGGCGACCUGAAGGAGGGGGAGUUCCACGUCUCCUCGUUCGACCUGCGCCCCUCCUCGUAGCUCCCGGGCGCCCUCGUGCGGCGGACGGGCGGGCGGCCGCCGGUCGCAGGGGCGGAGAAAGGAGCCAAGGAGGAGCCUUGGCGUUUUCUCCUUUGGUGUCCGGCGCCUUCUGUCAACAUGAAGCUGCUUUCCAAGGUUUAUGUAUCAAAGUCGUCUUCUGUAGCUUUCAUGGUUCGUAUCACUUUCUCUGAAAACACGGGAUCAUUUCCUUCUAAAAGGGAGCGAGGAUCGGAGGAAACUCGUCAUGCCACGAAAUGUCAACAGCAGGAGCGGCCCUUUGUCGGCGCCAGGAAGUUGCUCGUUGCAUUGUGCGAGCUUUCAAUCCCAAUAGGCUGGACUCAGUGGAAGUUCAACCGAAAAUCCACCUUGGCUGAGUAAAUUCAAGUCUUUUGAAGUGGAACAAUGUAAUCAUAAUGUAUCAUGUAAAUGGAAGAAAGGUGUAUUAAACAUAAUUCUAUUCCUG